AGUAGCUGUGGUGGUUUCAUUCUACAGGUUUCUGGCUUGGUAGGGCCUUGAACAGUAGUUGAGUUUUGUCGAUAAUGGAGAAGUACAAGGUGGUGAAAGAUAUAGGUGCUGGAUAUAUCGAAUUGGGUGGACUCAUGAGGGUCAAAAACUCCAAAGAACUUGUUGCCAUGAAGUUCAUCGAGCGUGGCUCAAAGAUUGAUGAGGACUUGGUAAGAGAGAUCAUGAAACAUAAAUCACUUCACCAUCCAAAUGUUAUCCGAUUUAAGGAGGUCAGUGAAUAAUUUUUUUUGUUAAAGCUUUGUACAUCAUUGGCAAUUUUUGGAAAGGUUAUGUAGUCAAAGUUAUACUAGUGUUGGUAACUGAGGUAAACCUCAUAGCUUUCAUCUUCCAUACUUUUGGGGGUUUCUGGCUUUCCAUACAAGUGGUGUCGACUCCAACCCAUCUUGCCAUUGUCAUGGAAUAUGCUGCUCGUGGUGAACUCUAUAAACAUAUAAGGAGAGCUGGAAGAUUCAGCGAGGAUGAUGCGAGAUACUUAUUCCAACAGCUUAUAUCAGCUGUUAGCUACUGCCAUGCUAUGCAAAUGUGUCAUAGAGAUCUGAAGCUCGAAGACACGUUCCUGGAUGGAAGUCCCGAACCAUGUCUGAAAAUCUGUGAUUUCAGUUAUUCCAAGUCUGUUGUGCUACAAUCUUGCCCCAGCUCGAAAACUAGAACUGCGGCUUAUAUCCCACCUGAGAUCUUUUCUUGCAGCGAAUAUGAUGGCAAGAUGGCUGAUAUAUGGUCUUGCGGGGUAACUCUUUAUGUCAUGCUGGUUGGAGCACGCCCAUUUGAAGACGAGAACGACCACAGAAACUUCGGUAAAACGAUGCAAAAUAUAAAGGAUGUCCAGUACAAGAUCCCAGACGACGUUCAUAUUUCACAGGACUGCACUCAUCUCCUUUCCCUUCUAUUUAUCGCCACACCAGUCGAGUUAUAUUUAUAUAAAUGAAGCCACAUGUGUUUUCGAGAGAUAGCUUUGAUUCUCAAGUUGCUUUGGUAUUGGCCAUGUUGAUCCGCAGAGGAUUAGUAUUGCAGAUAUCAAGAAACACCCAUGGUUCCUGAAAAAUCUACCAAGUC